UUACAUUUACCCUUGUUACUGUAACAAAGUCACAAAUGUUUUGCAUUGCCUACUUCUACUCUUUUGAGUAUUUAUAAAAAGACAUUCAAAUCAGCAGCUGCAACAGAGAAGCUGUGUCUGCAAUCCCAGGAAAGCAGAACUCCAUGUCUAGAGAUGAGUCGCUCUGCAUUCAACUAUCUGGAAAACACAUGCAUUGAACAUGUACAGUGUGUACUUUUACUGUCCGAGGGUAAGGGGGUGAAAGCCAGAAACCGCCGUGUUGCAAAGUGCCAAAAAUUUUAGUCAAACACACUUUCCACACUUCCUUCCAAUCGGCUUCCUGGCAGGGCAGUUAUUGCUCACUUCCUGUUUGUGUGCUUCGUGCUACCGGGUUAGCUCACUGAACAAAAGUCUGUCACUGAGCAGCAACUCUCCCUCCUUCAGCUCAGUCAGGUGCGUGCUCAUGAACAACUCAAACUUUGUCUCAGUAGGUGCGAGCUUUGUACUGGGUAACUCACUGAACAUCGCCAGAGGGACUCUCUGAGCCAGAAGUUAACCUGGCUCUUAUGCGCAACUGUGCUGGUAGGAUUCACUUUCACUUACAAAUGGAGUUAACUCAUUCCUAUUUAAGAGUCAUUCAAAAAGAAGGCUUCAUUCAUGAAUGUAACAUCACAAUAUAAUAAUCUACAAAAUAUAAAUAUAAUGUCAUAUAAUCAACUAUUGACUUUUUGACGAAAGGUCAUUUUGAGUAGCACAAGGGAAGCAAAGACUGCAUUGUUAACAGAGUGUAGUUAAGGCUGCAAAGAGGAAAACAAAGGGAUGAUUACUGUUUGCUCUUUGGAGUGUGUUACCACCACUACCCAUUCAUACAGUAUAAGAUAACUAAUGUUUCAUUUCAUCAUUUUUACAUUUAGGGGUUCACAAGACGGAAAGUUUGCAAUGGCCAGAAGACUAGCUCUGUCCACUGCCAAAAGGGGAAAGAUUGUCGUGGGAAGUGAAAUCAGAGACUCCAUUUCACUUUUGGAUGUUGUCUAUGCAAAUCAGUUUGAAGGACAGUUCAUAGAUCCGGAAGUUGUUGAAAAUACAGAGGAAAACUUUUACAGAGGGGCCCCACCCAUUUGGUUAAACUUUCAUAUUAGUGAGCAGGCAGAGUCAGACGGAACAGGAACUUCUUUCAUCAAGCGAGAUGGAUAUGAUACACUUGUGCAACAAAUUUUCAAAAGGAGAAAAGGCCCUGGAACAUCGGCAAUUAAAUUGUUCUACCAACAAGGAUCUGGGGCAACCACAAUGGCAAUGCAGGUGCUGUGGAAGUUGAGGAAAAACUUCAGGUGUGCUGUUUUAACAGGCUCCACCUCAGACAUCACAAAAGUAGCCAAGGAGGUGGUCCACCUUUUCACAGCUGGCAGUAGAGACAGCCACAACACGGUGUUACUGUUACUGAAUGAUGAGUUCAUUUUGGACAAUCUCCAAGACAAAAUUAUGGAAGAGAUUGAAAAACAGGAGAUUGAUAUUGAUAUGCCUGUGGUAAUUUUACUCAACUGUGUGAGAGCAAGUGACCACAUCAUUCUCAAAAAGGAGAUUUCUUACAAUGUGAAACAAAAAUUUAAGAGGAAUGAGAGAAAAUAUGUCAUACUCAAAAAAAAUCUCUCACACACAGAGGAACAAAACUUUAACAAGAAAAAGGAGGAGCUCAGCAAGAGAUACGGUGAAAAAUUAAAACAUUUUCAUGGCUUUAACAUAUUGCAAACUAAUUUCUCUCCGGAUUACAUCAAGACAGCAUGUGCUGUAUGCAAAAACAUCAAAAAAGCAACUAGACCGCUGAAGACACAGCUUGCUGCCUUCCUGUCCCUGCUGAAUGCCUACGUACCAGGUUCAUAUCUCCUGGAGUCUCAGUGCCUGGACUUCCUCCAACACGAAGACCCAAGUCAUGAAGACCUUUCACUGGAGGACAGAAUGAAGCCCUUCAGCGAUCUCAUUAUCACCUUCCAACAAGAUAUGAGAAGUGAAAGAAAAGUCUGCAUGGCUCACCCUAUGAUAGCACAGUGUUGUACUGAAAUGAUGGCUGAGGCAGGUGUGACCAGAAGUGACACAGCAAGAGACUUGUUAACCUGUUUGUGCAGAGAUGAUGUUCCUCCAUGUUUGCAAGGUUUUAUCAAAGACAUGCUAACCAAAAGAGAAACGAAAGAAGAGGAAAAAACAAAUAAUAUGCAAACGCAUAUUAGUAGGGGACCAAAGAGAAGAGAAGAGGACCAAGAAGACUUUUCUAGACUGAUUCUACAUAUUGAGGAGAUGGAGGACAAAAAACAGAGUGCAUCAGUUUUAAAAGUUGCAUCAAAUAAAUUUGUUAAGAAUUGUUUGUUUCCUCAAGCACUUGCUCGAUUUUAUUACAAAGAACUAAAAGAUUACAACAAGGCUGAAAUGUGGGCGAAGACAGCAAAGGAAAGAGAUGACAAAAAAUCAUUCAUUUAUGAUACACUGGGUCAAGUCCAUAAGCACCAUCUGAAGAGCAAAGAGUCUUCUGCUAAGCCAAGAGAAAUCUUGCAACUGGCCACAAAGGCAAUUGAAGCUUUCAAAGAAGAAGAACGACUUGCUGAAAAUGAACUAGACACAGGCAUGAAAGAAGAUGGCAAGACCAAAGUCUUGCGAGCUUUUAACACCAGAGGGCAGUUUGGUUACCUGCAGGUUUGCAACCUUGUGUAUGACCUACUUGUCAGUCAGAAUGAAACCUGGAGAAAAGUUCUCACAAAGAAUGUGUCCAUGGGCUCUGUCCUGGAAUCACUUGGAGACAACAAACUCUUCAGAUUUAAUGAUCUAAUAAACAGCCUCAGAGAUGAAGUUGAGGAAAAAUUUAACUUUUUUGAUACCUAUUUAACCUACUCAGAGUCUGUCAUUAAAAGAGAUGAUGCAUCAUACGUAGCUAAAGAGACCUCAGAAUGCUACAAAAAGUAUGUCGGAGACUCAGCACCCAAACACAAAGAGAAAUCUGAUGAAACAAUCCAGAAGCUCAAACAAAAACUGGCUGCCACUUCUGCUGGAGUACUCUCAUGUCUUGACAGACAAUACCCUGUGUCUGAACUUAAAAAGAUUGCUACAUGGUGGAAUGAAAUCUGUGUGAGCAAAGAUUCCACUAGACACGCCUUAGCCAACUACAUCCUCUCUAACAUCAUGCUGAUAAAUAAGAAUGAGACUCCAUCCUGUUCGGACUAUCAUAAUGCAUUUAGACAGAAAAUGCCAUUGAGCCUGAGAGAUGCACCUGAGCUUCACAUGUUAGCUCUGCUAAUAUGUUGGCCUACAGAUGAUGAAGACACAUGUGUCUCAAACCUCAGUCAAUUAAUUACAAAACUUCAGCGCUCAUAUGAACAUGAAUAUAAGAAACUCUUUCAAUCAAGGUACCUUCGCCCUCUGUUUUUUAUCGGAAAAGGUAGAGGCCUGAGCAGAAAUGUUCACAGAUGGAUCCUUGAGACCUUGUGGACUAAGGAUGUACUACAAAACUCAAACACUAACUGGAGGAAUGAGAAUAUUUUUAAAGAUCCCUUAGUCCAAGAACGCCUUCUUAAAGUUGAAGGAGUGGUGCGAAACUACAGAUUGUAUGCAACUUUUGGAGGCGUAGAGAUUGAGGUGGAUGUGAACCGGAAAGUCAGCCUGUGGAAAUCAGGUCAAGUUUCCUUUUACCUUGGAUUUACCAUCAGCGGCCCUGUAGCUUUUGGCAUUCAGACAAGAACAGAGGAAGGGCCUUCGGAAAAGUUUGAGCUUGGAGCUUUGGGUGGUAAGGACUCCAGUGAUUGGAUUGUACUUGAACCAGAAGUCAAAAGAGUGGAUGAGGUUAAAACCUACAGUCUACAGUCUGAAGCAGGUUGCUAUGAAUGCAGAGUGUCUGCCUUGCGCUGGGCUUGUAAGGAAAAGGUCAGCAUCAGAUACCAGUUUUGCUCAUGGGAGGAAAACAUCAGGAAGCCUGUAUGCAUGGAUUACAUGCCAGCAGGACCCCUACUGGACAUCACAGUCACAGAAGGAAAGGUAGAGGAAACGUAUCUGCCACACUGGAUAGAGUAUGACUCUACAAUGUCAGACAUGUUUGCAGUGCUACAUGUGGAUACAUGUGGAGAUUUUGUGGAACAAGCGUCUGAAGUCACAUCAUCCCACGUCAAGUUACGCCAACCAAUUUUCCAUCAUGAUCCAGGGGUCAUGAUCUGGCAGAAACUGGGCAUCCCAGUAAAAGUUAACUAUGAUGCGUUAAUAUUCAAACAGACAGAAAAGGAAUUCCUCACAUUGCAUGUAUACCUGGUCCCACCCGAUGAGGAUAUACAAGAGAAAGUGAAGAGGAACGAGGCAUCUUAUGGAUCAGUUUUAAUCCCGAAACCAGGCCCAAAAAAGUCUCUUCAAAUACAAGAUCAUUUCUUCCUCACAACAGACGUGGACACUAGUGAAAUAAGCCCGACAAAAUUAAAGCUCAGAUAUGAGAGGAGAGAUUACUUUGAGGUGUUCAUCAGAAAUGCAGAGAGCGACUUCAGACUAAAACUUGAAAGUAAACAAAAAAAAAUUAUUCAAGAGGACGCUGUCUGGACCUGCACAAUCAGAAAAGGGGACUACCAACAUUCAAGCACUGAUCAUGAACAAGAUCAGCAUUUUGUGGUUCGCCAUCGGAUAGCUCUGAUUAAAAGAGUGAGCGCCACAAAUGACAUUCUGGAUCAGCUCUUGGAUAAAGAAUUGAUCACAGAUGAGAACUAUGAUGCCGUGAGUGCUUUACCAACCACACAAGAGCAAAUGAGGAAGAUUCUCAAGUUUGUGAUAUUAGCCGGCAGAAGAGGCAAAGACACUCUCUAUGAAAUCCUUAAAGGGAUGAGGAGUAUGAGGCCUCUCAUCCUUGAGCUUGAGAAGUCUGAAAAAAGGAGAAAAACUUAAAAGGAAGUGCUGUAGCUUUGGACACUAAGAGAAUAUUUGACAUUGAGAUAACAAAAACCAAAGUACUUGUGAAAAUGGAGACAACAUGACUGUAUAUUCUGACAAUAUUUUGGUUGAACUAUAACUUCAGAGAAAGAGGUUUUAUUGAAUAUAAAAAUUUUGUCUUAGCAGCAUUAAAGAUUUGGACAUUUUGGAAAUAUGUCCCUUUGGACUUUCACUACAGCUUUGCAUGCAAUAAUGUACAUUUUCUACUGGAUUGUUCAUUGGACUUUUUGAUAUUUUCUUUACUACAUAGUUGUAAGGAGAGAGGAAGAUGCUGCACAAAAUGUUAUCCAGUUAAUAUUUAGCAUCCUUAAUGUACUGGUCAAACAGUUACUUUUGAGUAAUGGACUUAUUCAUGUCUGCUGUGAAAAGGAAUCCAUCAGACACCUCAGAUGAAAAGAGACUUUAUUAAGAAAACUAAGCUUCUAAAAGUUUAUCAUUUACAUCAUUUUUUAUUAAGCUUUUUUUAUGGAUUUAUAAAACCUCUUAAGACUACUAAACUAAGAAAAAAACAUGUAUUCUCAGUUCAAAUAAUUUUGUAUCUUUUAUACAUUUUUGUAAUAUCAGUCUUUUGAUUUUUAAAUCCUUUAAUAUUCAUUGUUUUACAUUAAGCAAAAUGGGUCAAGCAAACCCAAUGAACUUGUUAAGGGUGCACGUACAUGUGUUUAAAUAAAAAAAAUUUGUUGUAAUUUAAAUGUUGUUUAAAUGGCAGAGAAUGUAUUUUUUUAAAUAUAUAUAUACAUAUGUAUGUAUUUUUUUUGGCUGAAGCAGCAAAGGGCCACAGGUCCGAUUCAAAUGGUCGCUGCAGCAAGGACUCAGUCUUGGUACAUGGGGCGUUUUAAGUAAGAAUACGUGACUUUUGAUGUUUUGCUGUAAUGUGCUUGACUAAAGGCUUUGAAAUGUUACAUUUGUUUGAAUAAUGAAUGAAGUCCGUUUGUUUUAUCUGUAUAAUCAAAAACCCAACAGGGUUCCAAAAUGAUCUGAAAUGAAUUUAUUCAUGCUAAUACCCAGUUUUAUUAUAAAAUAGAUUCAUUUGAAUCAUGUGUCACUGAUUUUCUUGUGAUUUCAUAUUGUCUCCAUGUAUAUUUUCAAAACAAAUAAAAAGAAUGUGAUUAUGUA